AUUAUUAUUCCUGGAAUUUAAUGGUCGCGCACAAGUACAAUAAAAACAAAAAACGACAGAAAGCGCGUAAACAAAAGGGAAUUUUCUAUUUAUAUUGAAAAAUCACAAGUUUUAUUGAGUGGUUUUUUUAAUUUUAAUAAUUCAGUAUCUAAUUUAAAACUUAGAGGACAAGAGUGACAAAACAAUGUAUUCCAUGGUGCAUAAAACUGAAAAUGCCCACGAGGAAAGUAUUUGGACCUGUGCCUGGGGUUGUCCCAAGAAAAAAAAGGAUCUGCAAUCCGACAAUGAAGACUCGAGAGACUCGAUGCGUUCGACGGACGACGAAAAUAACGAGUACGUGAUAACCGGCUCUUUGGAUGAUGCUGUUAAAGUUUGGGAAUACAAAAAUGGCGGUUUAAAAUUAAAACAUAAAUUAACCGGACAUUCACUUGGUGUUGUGUCCGUAGCUGUAAGUUCAGACGGUUCGAAAUGCGCCUCCAGUUCAUUAGACUCGAGUCUAAGAUUAUGGGACUUGGAGUCUGGGGAAAAAUUAACGACAAUCGAAGUUGGUCCAGUUGAUAUUUGGACACUGGUUUAUUCACCGGACGAUAAAUUCAUUGUUUCCGGUAGUCAUGCGGGAAAAAUCAAUAUGUACGGUGCCGAGAGUGGAAAACAGGAGCAAACUUUGGACACAAGAGGUGGAAAAUUCACCCUCAGUGUCGCCUAUAGUCCGGAUGGAAAAUAUAUUGCAAGCGGAGCAAUUGAUGGAAUUAUUAAUAUUUUUGACGUAGCGCAUGGAAAAGUAUUGCGAACUUUAGAAGGUCACGCUAUGCCGAUUAGGUCUCUUUGUUUCUCCCCAGACUCGCAGUUACUUUUAACUGCAUCCGAUGACGGUCAUAUGAAAUUAUAUGAUGUAAAAGAUGCUAAUGUUGCCGGGACAAUGUCGGGCCAUGCCUCCUGGGUUCUAGGCGUUUCUUUUGCUCCCGAUGGUCAAAAAUUUACAUCCAGCAGUUCGGAUCUCACUGUUAAAGUAUGGGAAUUGGCUCAAAGGCAAUGUCUACACACAUUCCACGAUCACAGCGAUCAAGUCUGGUCUGUAAAGUAUCAUCCGCACAAAAACAAUUUACUGACAUCUGUUUCUGAAGACAAAUCAAUUAAUCUCUAUGAGCAUCCAUUGUAACGUAUAGUUUAUAAGGUUUUCAUUAUUUUUUUGUAAAAAAAAGGAAAAAAAAAUUUUUUGAAACAAAAAAGAAUUAAUUAUCCAGUUUUAUUCUAAAGAAAGAGAAAAUAAAAAAAUAAACUACAUACAUACCACACGAA